AUGGCUGGUUCUCAGCAUGCAACACCAUCCACCACGACCAGCGAUGGCGCGACAGGCGCCUCACCAGACGAUACAUCCUCGCCGUCUUCAUACACUACAGCGAGAUCGAGAAUAUCAGAUGAAGAAGACAGCGAAGACACCGAGCAGCAAGAUUGGCACAGCGCGGUCUCCAGCUCCUCCAACGCCGCCGACGCAACAAGCCACUCGCCUCCACACGCCACUGCGCAAGUCGACGCUUCGAGCGACGCCCAGACUGCGACUACCGCCUCUCCAGACUCCACCACGUCCGCUACAGAAGUGCAGGGCAGUACAGAUGGAGAAGACGAGGACGUGGAUGAUGAGGAGCAGAAGGUCGCAGAAGAUGAGACCAGCGGAGACGAGAGGAUGACCCCUAAGGAGAAGUUCAACCAAGGUCGGCAGACUGUGAUCGAUGAGAUGGAUGAGGAUCAUAUGAACCAGGUGCUCAGAUUCAAGCUUGAGGAGGAAGGGUGA